CAUCACUCUCUUCUUUCUCUAACUAAAUAAUCCAUCUUUUUGAACUAUGGAGGUGAUGAUGAAGAAGAUGAGGCAUGAGAAAACCCUCUCAUUCUUUUAUUUCUCAUCAGCUGCUCUUUGUACUCUCCAUCUUCUUCUCUUUUCCUUAAUAUGUAGUGUUACCCUUAUUCCUACUUCCUCAUCAUCAUCAUCAGCUGCUUUCUACUCAUCAAAUGAAACCGAUAGACUUGCUCUUUUAGAGUUUAAACGCCGGAUUUCUGAUGAUCCGCAUGGAGUAGUUCUUAACUCCUGGAAUGACUCUGUGCACCAUUGUGGUUGGCAAGGAGUGAGUUGUGGCGUUGAUGCUUCCUAAGAAGGGGUUGGUGGGAACCAUAUCACCUCAUAUUGGGAAUCUCACUUUCCUCAAGGUUCUUUAUCUCAAUGGCAAUAAUUUGUACGGUGAAAUUCCAGGAGAGAUUGGUGGUUUGUUUCGACUAAGAUCUCUCUACUUGUCUACGAAUGCACUGACGGGAGAACUGACUAAGCUUAAUCUUAGCAGCUGCGUACACCUUGGGGAACUCUAUUUGGCUCAUAAUCACCUCCAGGGGAACCUCCCUACUGCAUUCCAAUUCCUACCUAAUUUGAAGAAGCUACAAAAACUAGCUCUGGGUAGUAACAGAUUGACAGGUGGAAUUCCUCCCACUUUUGGGAAUUUGUCAUCACUUCGAACGUUGGGCUUGGAGGUGAAUCAUUUGAAGGGACGUAUUCCGCAUGAGAUUACGCGGUGUUGGGAUUUAAAUAUCCUUUCACUUGGCGUCAACAAUUUGACUGGUACACUAUCUCCUUCUUUCUUCAAUAUGACUUCUAUACAAGUUUUUUCAGUAUCCCAAAACACACUGGAAGGGACCAUUCCAAGCUACAUAGGAGACACCAUGCCAAACUUGGAAAUAUUCGAAAUUGGUGGCAACAAAUUCCAUGGAACCAUCCCUAUUUCAUUUCCGAACGCCUCUAAGCUUCAAAUUUUUGAGGUAUCAGGAAACCAUCUUGUAGGUAAAGUUCCAAAUAAUAUUGGAAGGUUAAAAUAUCUUCAAGAUUUGCAACUUUGGCAAAAUCUUCUUGGUAGCAAUGAUCCCCUCAAUGACUUGGCUUUUAUAACAUCUUUGUCCAAUUGUAGUAAUUUAAAUAAGUUUUCCAUUCGUGAAAAUAGAUUUGAAGGUAAAUUUCCAAACACCAUAGCUAACCUCUCAUCCAAACUCCAUUACCUAUAUCUUGGAGGGAAUAAGAUAUUUGGUACAAUACCCGGAGCAAUAAAAAAUCUAGUUAGCUUGGUCGCUUUCGAUAUAGGAAGCAGUCUAUUAUCAGGUGUUAUUCCUAGUGAAAUAGGUGAAUUGCAUAAACUACAAGGUCUGAUUCUUGAAACAAACACAUUAUCUGGAAAAAUUCCACUCACUCUUUUUAACCUUACUUCUCUAGCUGCAAUUUAUUUGGAUAACAACAAUUUUGAUGGCAAUAUACCCUCAAAUGUGGAAAACUUGAGGAAUUUGAAUGAAUUGUACAUGUACAAUAACAAACUAGAUGGCACCAUUCCUCAACAAGUUUUUAAUUUGCCAUCUUUGUCUAAGUACCUUGACCUUUCCCGUAAUUCAUUCACUGGUCCGUUAUCUCAUGCCGUGGGUAAAUUGAAAACACUAAAUACCUUAAACAUCUCUGGAAACAAAUUGUCGGGCGAAAUUCCAUAUACAAAUGGAGAUUGUUUGAGCCUUGAAUAUCUUGAUAUGCAUGGUAAUCUCUUUGAAGGUAAAGUCCCACCUUCUUUGGUUUCCUUAAAAAGCAUUACAUAUUUGGAUAUCUCAAACAACAAGUUGACUAGAGAGAUACCAAGAGACCUCCAAAAGCUCCCUCUCUUGCAAUAUUUGAACCUUUCUUUCAAUGAUCUAGAGGGGGAAGUACCAAUAGUUGGAGUGUUUUCAGUGGCAACCAAUGUAUCAUUGCUUGGAAACAAAAAGCUAUGCGGUGGUAUACCUGAGCUAAGGCUGCCUCCAUGUCCUGUGAAGAAAACAAAACACAGAAAGCAUUUUAAGCAUAUGAUUGUUAUCUUCACAUGUAUCUGCUCGGCUCUGGUGUUUGCAUCAUUCAUUGCUUUUCUAACAUUGUGUUGGAGGAAAGGAAAAAGGAUGGAGUCAGCUAAGCCAUCCAAAGUUGAAAAGCUUUCCAAAAUCCCUUAUAGAGACCUACAUCAAGCUACUCAUGGUUUCUCUGACACAAAUUUGAUCGGUUCGGGAAGUUUUGGCUCUGUUUACAAAGGAAGAUUUGAGCAAGGUGGAGUAGAACAAACAAUUGCGGUGAAGGUACUUGCCCUUUUAAAAAAUGGAGCUUCAAAGAGCUUUCUUGUAGAAUGUAAAGUGUUGAGGAACAUACGCCACCGAAAUCUUGUUCCAAUUUUGACUUGCUGCUCGAGUUGUGAUUUUGCAGGUAAUGAAUUCAAAGCUUUGGUUUAUGAGUUCAUGGAAAAUGGGGAUUUGGAUAUGUGGUUGCAUACACAAUCAUCUAAUGCAAGGGCAAACCUUCUAAGUGUUCUUCAAAGGUUAAACAUUGUAAUUGAUGUAUCUUCUGCAUUGCAUUAUCUCCAUAAUGAUUGUGAUCCGGCUGUUAUUCAUUGUGAUCUAAAGCCAAGUAACAUUCUGCUUGACAAUGACUUAACUGCCCAUGUUGGAGACUUUGGUAUAUCAAGACUUUAUUCACGUACAAUUGGAGAUACAAUUGGUGAACAAAGUAGUACCAUUGGAUUAAAGGGGUCAAUUGGUUAUGUUCCACCAGAGUACGGGAUAGGAGCAAAGGCAUCAACUUUUGGAGAUAUGUAUAGCUUUGGAAUCCUUUUGCUGGAAAUGUUUACAGCUAAGAGACCCACGGAUGAUUUAUUCAAUGGUGAAUGUAGCAGUCUUUGUGAGUAUGUGGAAAUGGCGUUGCCAGAGCAAGUUAUGAAGAUUGUUGAUCCAUUGCUUCUAGCAUGCCUAGAAAGCAAUUGUGGAGAAAGAUCGCACAAUGAUGUGGAGAUUCAUGGCAAUAAAUUGGUGGAAAUUGAAGAGAGCAAAACCCACAACUUCUUCCUCUCCAUCUUCAAAAUUGGGCUCAAUUGUGCUUCAACAUCACCAAUAGAUCGCAUGCAUAUAAAUGAUGUAACCAAGGAAUUACACAAGAUUAAGAAGACCUUUUUUUCAUAAAAACAAGAGUAUACAUCUCUUGUGAUCUAACAAUGUUUCCACUGGUGAACUAGCAAUUAUGUUAAGUUUGUUAUUUAUUUGGACUAAUAAAUGUUGCUCUGUUUUUCUUUUGCUAUAAA